AACGAGUGUCCGUGUUAACAUCUUACAUCGAACACAUGUUAUGGUCUUAACAUCUAGGUUAGCUAAAUGAAGCUGGAGUGUGGACAAUUUAUUAUAAUAGUAGCGAUCAUUUGUUGUGGGAAAGGAAAUUUUUAUGAAGAUGGCUUCUUUUUAUUUUCAAAUAUCAAAUUCAUGUUCUUAUAUUUUUAGGAUAAUCGAAACUGUAAACAAAAUGCCAAAGAAAAUAACGAAAUUCGUCGAAAACCAAAGUCGAGACCUUUCUCCGCAGGAGUUAUCGAUUCAAAGAAACGAGAGACUGCGAAAGUUGCUAGAUUUGUAACCAGCUCACCUAAAAAGAUUUGUAAGCACGAAGGAUUGUUUGAAGAACUAAAAGACACUAAUGAAAGAAUUAAAGGUCUUGAAUUAUUGAAUGUUCAAUUAACUGAUGAUAAUAAAAAUCUUCGUAAGAAAUUAGAUCAAAUUCAUGAACAAAAACACUUAGUUGAUUUGAAAUUAGCAGAAUGUGAAAAGUUUGUAAGCAGGCUCGGUAAAGAGUACGAAAAUAGAAAUAUGGAACUUAAAGCUGUCAAAGAAAGUGAGGGUAAAAUUAUGGCUGAACUAAAUAAAGAGCGAAACGAAAGAAAGAAUUUGUCAAUACAACAUGAAAAAGAUGCUAUAGUUAUAAAAGAUCUUCAGAGACAAGUAAAAGAGAUGGAACUCAUACUCAGAAGGAAACAUCCGGAUUCUGUGUCGGCUUUAAUAGUGGCUUCCAAAUCAUCAACGGUGGAAGAUAACAAAAAAAAGUUACUAGAAGAACGAAUCACCCGUUUAGAACAAGAACUAAAAGAUAAAGAAAAUCAUUUUCAGGGAAUAUUGUUGACCCUCCAAGAAAAAUUUAGUGAUAUGAAAGGAAAAUAUGAAAAUCAUAUUAUUGAUGUGGAAAGACAAUUGAUGGAUGAACGUAAAAUUAAUACAGAGUUUAAAAACAAACUGAAUAGAAGUAAUCUUGUCGAUACUGCCGUCCAAACAGUGCCUAGAUCACAGCAUACUAUUUCGACUCAAACUUUUUUAAAACCAGAUAGAGCUUCUUCUGCUGUUAAUAGGUUAACACAAAACUCUGCUUUAUUAUUGAAUAAAUUAAAAGAAGAUAGUUAUUUGGUAGCAACGAUAAAAGGGUUGCAGACAGAAUUAACUGUUAAGCAAAGAACAAUUGCAAAGAUAAAUAGAGAGACUGAAGAGCUCAGAAAAAAUCUACGAAAUCUUCAAAAAGAGAAAGAAGGUGCCAGGACUAAUUAUUCCGCUACAUCAUUUUGUAAAAAAAUGAUUAGUACUAAAUUUUAUUUUUGUUUUUUUUUAGUAUUACUCAACUUGAACCCUCAUAAAAAGAGCGUGAGUAAACAGACAAAGUCAACAGAAAAUAUACUAGCUAGGAUGAAUACGGAAAUGGAGUCUGAACUUGCUGAAAUCCGUAAACAAAGAGAGGGGCUCCUAUUGGAAAGAAACAGUUUGCUAGAUUCUUUAAAACGCACUAAUGAAGAGUUUAUAUUAUUGAAGAAAAAGAGGAUACAAGACGUGAGUACUUAAUGUAUUAACAAGAGUUUUUUGGGAUAUUAUCUGUGCUGAUUUUGAAUUUCAAAGUGCAAUAGAAUUCAAAUAAUAAUACGUUAUGUAGAUAAUAAAUAUUUUAUGAAAUGUGAUUACGACAAAAGUAUACUGUAUGACUGACGUUUAUCGUAUGCAUCUAUGGUGCAUAGAUGCCAUUUUAGAGUGUGCCUUAUCGCUAGAAGCGAUCUCUUCCAGAUAACUCUUGUGUUAAAGGACCCCUGACUAGAGAAUUAAAUUAUUUCUUAUUGGGUUUGAGGACGAUUGGAAACAAAUUUCUAUAUUAAAUGCGU